UCCCGGCUCGGAGUUCGCGCGUAUCGGACGUCUGUGGUGCCAGUGAGUGACUGAGGUGACGCUAGUGGUGUACACAUAACGUCAUGCUGCCUCGGCACACGCCGCAUUGAACAAACGUCUACAGAUAUGCUCCAGUCUCUAUUACAACCAAGUAGUCAACGCACGAAGUGUACAGCUAAAAAAAUGAUUGGAGCAAUGCCCGCAGUGGCCGUGCGGCAUGAGCGGCGGCGAGCUGAGAAGCGCGGGGGCGGGGGGCGGCGGCCCUCCCAGCUGCCCCUCCAGCUGGGCAGAGGGCUCGAGGAGGCCACCCCCUCGCCGGACCACCGGUUCAGGCACGAACUCUACUUCUGUAGAAAGACGGCAUUCCUGCAUGCAGUAGUGGGCUCGCUUCUGCUGGGCAUUGUGGUUCUGGUGGUGGGGCUGGUGCAGCUAUCUCCGGGGGCGGAGGCAGCUCAACAUCGCUACUAUCUGAUGGGCGCUGGGGCCGCACUCAUUGGGGCUGGGAUAUUGGGAGCCGUGCUAAGGUGUGUCUGCAUACACUGGUACAACAGGAAGUACCGUUCGGACUACCACGUGCCGGCGACCCACGCUGCCCCGAAGCACGUCAGCGUUGUGGAUAGCCAGGAAUACCGACCCAAGCUCAAAACCCAGGCAAGCGUGGGACGCGAGGUGGACCUGAUCAAGCAGCCCUCUGCCGCCAGCGACACCUAAAUAUGACCACACUUCUAGAUUAAUCUAUGGCGUCUUUCUGUGAUUCGUGUGAUGAUCGGGUGGUUAAUUGAAUGCAAAUUUUGUUUUUACUUUAUAUUCUUGAUUUGCUAUGUUUUCUGCCAAAACGUUUUAAUGUGUGGGAGGUUUUACAUUCGUUUAAAAAAUUCGUACUUAUGUGUUUAGUUAUUUUUUGAGUUUAAGACUUAAACAUUGUUUGCUCUUGUCUAUCGGGCAUAUUUGAAAUGCAAUCACGGUUAGAUGCCGUUUUAGUAUAAAUGUAUAAUUACAUUGUAAUAAUAAUAUGUGGUUCUGUCUGUGUAGAAUCAUCAAGUUAGUAGUUUACCCUUUAACGGUAAUUUUAGUUUGUAUUUUGAUAUAACUUUUGGAACUCUAUUUCUAGUCCUUUUAUUGUUUUUAAGGAUUUAUAUGAGAUUUUUUUAUUAGGAUUUUUUAUGUGUUUAUUAUAAACCUAUUAGACUUAAAACGGACAUGCGUUCUUGUAUUAUUCAGUCUUUGACAAUAGAGAUCAUUAUUUAUUACAAGAUAAUAUAUUCGUUACAUAUCAUAAAAAACAUAAUCUCAAAUUAUUUUUAUCACGCGAAGAAUAACGAAUUUCUUGUUAUAAUAUGUAAAUAUUCAUUUCAAAAAUGUACUUAUCGCUAUGUUAUUCUAACCCUACCGUCCGAAUGAACACAAUUUUGUCAGUUUAUCUCAUGGAAAAUUCCAAAAUUUAUCGCUAAUAUAAACUUAAUGUUAAUCGAAAACAUGCUUGUGGCCAUGUUUGUAUGACAAGUAAGUAUCAAAUGUAAUAGUACGUAAAACAGAUACGAAUUACAUUAUCAUACAAGUAGUUCUUCCACCUCUCUGAUCAAAUAUCACUUGAUCCUUUGAAUGGAGAAGAGUAGUCCCCGAAAAUGUUCUUUAUCCUAGGCUUUAUCUUUUCCAUUAAGCAGUAAAGAAAUUCGAUAAAGAUCAACAGAUUGUCUUGUUAAAGUCCACCUGAUUGACUUUUUGAUAGCCCUGCCAGGACUGUCAAACUAAGUGAUACAAAAUGAAUAUUCUUUGCUAGGG